CCAAGUAAUACUGACGAUGCUAAUAAUCCUUGGAAUCUUGCUCAAAAAUAUAAGAUUAUUUCAUCUAAUGGCACUAUCGGAGAAUCAACCCUUAUUGAAGCACCUGAUGAAAAUACAAAUUUAUUUACGAUGUUUAGUACUUCUAUUUUAGCAGUAUAUUUCAUGCUAACAGGCGAUACAAGUGCAGUUACUUCAUGGGGUUUAGUCAAUAAUUGGACUUUAACAUUUUUAUUAGUUAUAUUUUCAUUUUUCACAACAAUCUAUCUAUUGAAUCUGUUUAUUUCAUUACUUGGAAAUGCUAUUAAUGAUACGAAUAAUGAAGAAUCUUUCUUGCAAUUAAGAGGAGAGAUAUUAUCUGAAAUCGAACUUUUUUGGAUGUUACCUCAUCAAAGAAGAAAGAAAAACUGGUUUCCGGAAAUUUUAAAAUAUGUAAAAAAUCUUAAAGAUGAACAAAAUGAUGAAAUUUUACAAGAUUUACUUCCUGCAAUCAAAAAAAUCGUUGAGACCAAAGACUCAACCGAAGAUUUAACCGAAGAUUCAACCGAAGACUCAACCAAAGAUUCGACCAAAGACUCAUCAAAAGACUCAACCGAAGAUUUGCCCUAUGAUCUUAUCGCGCAAAAUUUACCUGAAACUAAAGACUCGACCGAAGACUCAACCAAAGGCUCAGCUGAAGGCUGGCUCUAUGAUCUCAUGGCGCAAGAAUAA